CUCCACCGCGCACACAGCCCUGGGGCAGGCCCCGGCUCCGGCCUCUGAGGCUUGAGCAGAACAGGCCCUUCUCCCGCAAAGGCAGGGCUGAGCCAACGGUGUGACCCUGUGCCUGGAGGAAGGGACUCGGCUGGUUGAGAACUCCGGUGGGCCAGAACCUAGAGAGGUUCAUGGGAAAUAUAAAACCAGGCCUCUAUCCUCCAGCAUAGCUCUAUGAAAGAAGCAAUGACUUACUGUGUGGACAGUGGGCCAUGCCCCAGAGCCUUACAUUUGCAUCUCAGCUCUGCCUCUCAUUAGCUGUGCCACGUUGGACAACCACUUCACCUCUCUGAGCCUUGGCUUGUGUGUCUAACCUCACAGAUGUUCAGGAUGUUUCUGUUCCUGCUGCUGCUGUGGUUUCUGCCCCUGACUGAGGGGUCCCAGCGGGCUGAACCCAUGUUCACAGCAGUCACCAACUCAGUCCUACCCCCUGACUAUGACAGCAACCCCACCCAGCUCAACUAUGGAGUGGCAGUUACUGAUGUGGACCACGAUGGGGACUUUGAGAUCGUCGUGGCAGGGUACAACGGCCCCAACCUGGUUCUGAAGUACGACCAGGCCCAGAAGCGGUUGGUGAACAUCGCGGUGGACGAGCGCAGCUCCCCCUACUAUGCGCUGCGGGACCGGCAGGGCAACGCCAUCGGGGUCACAGCCUGCGACAUCGACGGGGAUGGCCGUGAGGAGAUCUACUUCCUCAACACCAACAAUGCCUUCUCGGGGGUGGCCACCUACACAGACAAGUUGUUCAAGUUCCGCAACAACCGGUGGGAAGACAUCCUGAGUGACGAGGUCAACGUGGCCCGCGGCGUGGCCAGCCUCUUUGCCGGGCGCUCCGUGGCCUGUGUGGACAGGACGGGCUCCGGACGCUACUCUAUCUACAUCGCCAAUUAUGCCUACGGUAACGUGGGCCCUGAUGCCCUGAUUGAAAUGGACCCUGAGGCCAGUGACCUCUCCCGGGGCAUUCUGGCACUCAGAGACGUGGCUGCUGAGGCUGGCGUCAGCAAAUACACAGGGGGCCGAGGCGUCAGCGUGGGCCCCAUUCUCAGCAGCAGCGCCUCGGAUAUCUUCUGCGACAACGAGAAUGGGCCCAACUUCCUCUUCCACAACCGGGGGGACGGCACUUUCGUGGAUGCUGCGGCCAGCGCUGGUGUGGACGACCCCCACCAGCACGGGCGAGGGGUUGCUCUGGCAGACUUCAACCGUGACGGCAAAGUGGACAUCGUCUAUGGCAACUGGAACGGCCCUCACCGCCUCUAUCUGCAGAUGAGCGCCCACGGGAAGGUCCGCUUUCGGGAUAUCGCCUCACCCAAGUUCUCCAUGCCCUCCCCUGUUCGCACAGUCAUCGCCGCUGACUUUGACAAUGACCAGGAGCUGGAGAUCUUCUUCAACAACUUUGCCCACCGCAGCUCCUCAGCCAACCGCCUCUUCCGCAUCAUCCGCAGGGAACACGGUGACCCCCUCAUCGAGGAGCUCAAUCCUGGCGAUGCCUUGGAGCCUGAGGGCCGGGGCACAGGGGGUGUGGUGACAGACUUCGAUGGAGACGGGAUGCUGGACCUCAUCUUGUCACAUGGAGAGUCCAUGGCUCAGCCGCUGUCUGUCUUCCGGGGGAAUCAGGGCUUCAGCAACAACUGGCUGCGAGUGGUGCCGCGAACCCGGUUUGGGGCCUUCGCCAGGGGCGCUAAGGUUGUGCUCUACACCAGGAAGAGUGGGGCCCACCUGAGGAUCAUCGACGGGGGCUCGGGCUACCUGUGCGAGAUGGAGCCCGUGGCGCACUUUGGUUUGGGGAAGGAUGAAGCCAGCAGUGUGGAGGUGACGUGGCCAGAUGGCAAGAUGGUGAGCCGUAACGUGGCCAGUGGGGAGAUGAACUCGGUGCUAGAGAUUCCCUACCCCCAGGACGAGGACAGCCUUCCGGCCCUGGCCCCACUGGAGUGCGGCCAGGGAUUCUCCCAGCAGGAAAAUGGCCAUUGCUCGGACACCAAUGAAUGCAUCCAGUUCCCAUUCGUGUGCCCUCGAGACAAGCCCGUGUGUGUCAACACGUAUGGAAGCUACAGGUGCCGGACCAACAAGAGGUGCAGUCGGGGCUACGAGCCCAACGAGGACGGCACAGCCUGUGUGGCUCAAGUGGCCUUUUUAGGUGGGUAUCCUUCUGCCGCCUUUAGAAUCUCUGAGACUCUCUCUCCGGCCUCAUCCCUUUCUCUAGGCCUUGGACUCUGCCUUCAGUUAUAUGCACUUUAAAUUCCAUCAAUAAAGGAAAACAUAAAAAAAAACUAACAACCUUUGUGGAAAACUAAAUCUCUCCCACUGCCUGUCUCUCUCUCCACGCCCAGUAGAUUCUGCUGUGCGCACCCUCUGAAUGGACAGCAGGGGUGGCCAUCUUUGAAAAGGGAAGUUUGGGAGAUGUGAUGAUAUUUGUGUAACUUUAGUUGUUUGUGAAGUCUUUCUUUGCAUGUUUUCUGAGAACAUGUUUUUUACCCCAUCCAGCCUCCCUCACUCCUUCAGAAGAAUCAAGAUAGUCCUGUCUUUUCUGUAUCCUCCAGUGUCAUGAGCAGCUUAUUUUGCCCUUAACAAAGA